AUGCGUUACACUACUCUCACUGUUCUUGCUCUUGCCCUCCUCACCGGCAAUGCUUUGACGGCCCCAGCUCCUCAAGGCUUCGGUGGUGGUGGUGGUGGCCGCGGAGGCGGCGGCGCUGUAGGAGGAGGUGGCGGCGGCUUCGGUGGCCGUGGAGGUGGUGGUGGCGGCGGCGGGUUCGGCGGCUUCGGUGGUGGAGGCGGAGGAGGCGGGGGCGGCAACGGAGGUGCCGGAGCCAACGGAGGUGCCGGAGCCAACGGAGGUGCCGGAGGCGGAGGCGGCCAAAACGGUGGUGGCCAAAACGGCGGCGACCAAAACGCCAACGGAAACGGCGGCAACAACAAUGCCAAUGGGAACAACGGCGGCAAUGGGAAUAACGGCAACAACGGCGGCAACAAUAACAACAACGCGAAUGGAAACAAUGGGAACAACAACGGCGGCAACAACGGGAACAACGGAAACAACAACAACAACAAUGCGAACAACGGGAACAACAACAAUAACAAUAACAACGGAAACAAUAACAACAACAAUAACGACACCGAUGAGGCCGCCGCCGCUGAGUUCGAGGGUCUCGCUUGUACCGACGGAACUGGCGCCGGCUCCUGUGAAGCUGAUGGACAAUGCAAUAUCAAUGGCGACGUCCAAGUCGUCGAGGGAGAGUGCGGUCAGUAA